UUGUGUAUUAAUUCAGAGCUCCUGCUUUCGCAGUUCAGAGCGUUCAGAGCUUCAGAGUCUUCAGAGUGUUCAGAUACGACGACGGUGAGCGAUAGCCCAGCUACAGUUGUUAGCGGCGAAGAUUUGCGGUGUUUUGUCUGUGAUGUUGCUGUAGCUGGAAGAUUCUAUACACUAGCAACAUGUCGCACCCAGAGCACCAAAAUACGGCUUAUAGAAAAACUAGGCCAGCUCGUUGGAGAAAGGUAUAUGGUUGUCAUAUCAGAAGAUGAUAUCAUUUGUCGUGGAUGUGCCAAUCUCAUGAAUACAUUGGAUCGGCUGGAGACAGAGAUGGGUUCAGUACGGAAUGUUGUCCUCCGCUUCUUGGAAAAAAAGUAUGCUUUGGAAGAAGGAGAACUGUUGAAUAACAAGACAACAGUUUCCUGUCCACCUCCACAAAUAAUGUCCCACAACACAUCACUUAUUCCAGGUUCCAGGUCCAGAGCAAAUGCAGGUGUGGAAAAUUUCAUGUCUCGAAAGAGGAAAGCUGUGCUGAUGGACUUGGAAGAUGAACAGGAAAACAGUCUGCAUAGCAAAUCUCAGAAGUGUGACCCAAAGGCUAAUGUGUGGAUGCAGUGUGACAAAUGCAAGUACACCACACACUACAAUGCUUUCAUGAUUCAUCACAUACGCCAACAUGUGAAGAAAAAAAAUGCUACUUGUGACUUUUGUGGGGAGGAAGUGCAGGUGGGAGGUAGUUGCACAAGGCAGUGCAGUGUGAAAAAGAGCAAUGCUGAAGGAAAGCAGAACAAACACACUCCAAAUCAGAUCAAGAAAUACUUCGCUUCAGAUGGUAAUGAAGUCAUGCGUUGUGAAGGUUCUGACACUGCAGAAUCUGAAACUGUAGAUAUGAUCACUGCAGAAAUAAAUGAGUUUAGGGCUUCUGAGAGGGGCACCAACAGUCCAGAUGUAGUUAUUUCAACGGUACAGCCCACAGAGGGAGAUGCUGUCAAGAACAGGGUCACUGAUAUGUUACCUGUGAUUGACAAAGUAGUGGAAUCAGGCACAGCAACAAUCAUCAUUGAUCAGAGUAAGCAAAAUAGUAAUUCUUUGGAACUGACAAAAGCAGAUGAUGUGACUAUUGAGGUCUCUCACAUUCCUCAACAUACAGAAGGGGAUGUGGAACUGCAGUUGAAUGAUGUUGAUGGAUCCACACCAACUGCAAUAUGUGUGAUGGAGAUGUCCGAGGACAGCUCAGCAGAACAGCCUACAUUACUUACUGUGCAGAAGAUGGAAGAAGAAGGCAGUGCGGUAUAUGUGCAGGUUGUGGAGGUGGGCAAGGCAGAAGAGAUGGAGGAUUCCAGAAGCAUAACCAAGCAGGUGUUGACUGUGUCAGAAGAUGGUACAGUUGAGAUGGUAGAAGUCAUGUGGGAUGACAUGGUUUCAUCAGAUGUGGGUACUGAACAGGAUAUACGUUUUGGAUGAUGCUGAACUUAAUAUAUGUUCUGUUGUUUCCAGCUUUCUAUCAGCUUCCUUCCCCUUAUUUAGUUUUUCUUGUUCAGAAAAGCUUUUAAUUUAUUAAUCACUAAGUUAUAGUUCACAGAAUAACAUUUUUGGUUUAAGACAAACCCAUGUAAUUGUAAGCUUAUGAAAUAUAUAUUUACUUUAAAAUAAAUAUCAUUAUAUUAA